AUGAUUUACUUAAACACAUUAGACUGCCGUAAGGAAUGGAUUUGUGUUGAAGGCUCCUCUGGAUUAUCAACUACUGUCAUCACAACCGGUAAUGAAACAAGUACAUGUGUAAGUGUAUAUGUCGGUGAAACCGUCAAUAUUUCAGCAACAUGCUCAAAUGGCUAUGUUGCGAAUAAGACAGUAAUACCAACGACAAUAGGUAGUUGCUCUGAAAGUGAUUGCGAUGAGGUUCUAUUUGUAAUUGGAUGCAAACUGUCUAGUACAGAAAGUGCAACAACAGUGCCAGACACAACUCCAGAACAACCAAACACUAUAACAACAGAUUCAGUAAUCUCAACUGGACCGACAACUGCAAUAUUACAACUGAUGUUUGAGACAUGCCCGCAGGAUUUUGUACGUACCACAGGAACUGGGUUAGAUUAUGCAAUUAUAGAAUGGAAUGAACCUAUUGUUAUCGGUGGUGGUGGAAUGGUUGAUGUGAGAAAAACGCAUGAUUCUGGAGCACAGUUUUCUAUCGGCACACAUCAAGUUAACUAUACUGCAAACGAUGAAAUUGGACAACAGGCAUACUGCACAUUUCAAGUGCAAAUUAAUGAUAAUGAAGCACCAAGAAUAACAUGUCCUGAUGAUAUAUCAAAGAUGCUAGAAAAUGGCAGUGUUAGUAUUGCUGUUAAUUGGAAUAAUGCAACGGCGUUUGACAAUGCGGGUAGUGUACAUGUUACACCAUUCAUUAGUAAUACAUAUUCGUCAGGUGAUCUAUUCGAGGAAGGAUCUUAUACAUUGAUGUACACAGCAACUGAUGAUGUUGGGCUGACUGCUGUUUGUUCUUUUACUAUUCUAAUCAGCGGAUCUGUAUGCCGCCCUGGUUAUCGUGAAUGCCCACAGAAGUGCAUACAAGAUUCUUAUUUUUGUGAUCAUAUUCCAGAUUGCAUAGAUGCUUUUGACGAAUCAGAACACAACUGCGCACCAUGCAGUCCUUCUGAAUAUCGGUGUCCAAAUAGUUCAAAAUGUAUCCCAGAGAGUUUCCUUUGUGAUACGUAUCCUUACGAUUGCUUGGACAAUGCAGAUGAAGAUUAUGAUUUUUGUUCAAGUAAGUUUGAUUCCAUCACUUUUGUGAUUCUAUAA